CUCAGUUACAUUCUCUCCUUGCAGGGAAGGAUUUAGAGAGGAUAAGGGGAAGACAAAGUUAUCUCCACCCCAAUCUCCGCAGCCUCUCCCCUUCCUUCAGCUGAGGCGGCGAGACCACACGCUUCCAGGGGCGUGCCCUCCAUCGAUGGGUAUGGCGUCCGCGCGCCCGCCCCGCCCCUCCCCUCGCGCGUCGCCGUGCCGCUGUACGCGCGCCCGCUCCGUCGCUCAGCCAUCUUGAUUCCCCUGCGUGAGAGGUCCCUGACGGCAGGAGGAGGCGGAGGCACAGUGAAGGCCCCUGGACCAGCCAUGGAGAAUUACCAGAAGGCAAGCUCUGUAGAGAAACCCCUGGUCCCCCCAGUUCCAGGUCUGCCUCCAGAUACCUUGGAAAUGCGGGUCCGGGAUGGCAGCAAGAUCCGAAAUCUCCUGGGCUUUGCAUUGGGCCGGCUGGAAAGCGAAUCCACCCGGCGAAUAGUGUUCAUUGGUGCAGGCCGUGCCACAGGCAAAGCUGUGACCUGUGCAGAGAUCCUGAAGCGCCGCCUGCCUGGCCUGCACCAGCUCACCAAACUGCACUUCCAGCAGACAGAGGAUGCCUGGGUCCCUCUAGUGCCUGAGGCUGGUCUGGACCCACUUACUGUACGCCGACAUGUGCCAGCUGUCUGGCUUCUCCUCAGCAAGGACCCCUUGGACCCCAACGAGGGUGGCUACCAGCCUCCAGGUGCUCCUCCUGGUCUGGGACAGCCUUUACCCCGAACCCCCCCACAUACUCCUCAGCCCAAGAGGCGACCUCGGGCCUCAGGGCACUGGCAGGGAGGUGGAGGUGGGGUGCGAGGAGAGACCCCCAGGAGGCCCUGACUUCAUGAGGAAGUUGGAGUUGGGAGCAGAUUCUGAGGUACUCCCCAGAAUUGGUGGAACAAUACUGAAGCCCCAUCGCUGCUUUUUCUGUUUGAUUCAGUGACUCUGGUCUCUGGUCACACUGAACACAAACUGUUCCCACAGGUGGAAAUGAGCACAGGAUGCAGAACAGACAUGUUGAUGGCUGCUCUGAGGUGCUCUGUGUUUGGUCAAAGAAAUACUCUGCCCUUUCUCCCUCAAGAAUGUUACCACCAGUUUUUCAGUCUCUUGCCACUAUUAGAUUCUUUGGAUUGUAAUGAUAAGAUUAUUUUCCCCAGGAAAGGAAAGGAGGAGUUGGGAAUAAAGUUCCAUUUGCAUUA